GUCACGUAUUGAUGUUUACUUUUGCUUAGUAAUAUAAUAGCGCUAGCACCAUUAAAGGUUAAGUCAUGAAGCAGAAGCCGCUAAGACCCGCCAGUAGCUGGCCUUGGCAUACAUAAGUACAUAUGUAGCUCCACGUUACACUUGCCCCUCCAGCUCUAGCUUAGAUACUUCACUAACAGCUCUCCCUCUUUUUCUAUCUGUCACUCAGCUCCAUCAAACAUUCGAUCCUAACAUUAGGUAGUCUAGCCGUCGACAUCAUCUUCCUUGAAGUACAAACUAACCCAACCAAUAUUCUCACCAAUAUUCGAGGACGCGAUCAACAUGACUACUUAUAAACAGUUACAGCGCGACCCUGUUUCGAGGGACCUUUUCGCAAAUAGAAUCACGACUCUACAAGGUCUACAGGAAGUUCUCAAGGACUCGGCCUUCAUUGCAAUAGAUACCAAGCAUGUCGCCAUUACAAGUGAGAAGGACCGCGUCCUACAUCAAGUCGGGCUCGCACAUAUUCCGAUUCUAGGACAAUAGGAUUCAACGCACACGGAUGUCGCAUCAUCUAGCACAGGCCAACCAUAUCUUGGGGAUUUUUAUACUCGAAACUGUAUCCAAGCAUUAACCCUCAAUGUCAAUAUGAGCAAACACAGACAAGAUGAUAUUAUCCGUCUUGGAGGAGUUAAAGGUAUGCCAGUUCGCCGCUCUCAUCGCUUCGGCCAGAAACUGCAAGUCGAUCCCGAAGACUUAGAGCCAAUUAUUGUGGAUUUUAUCCAGAGCUGUAAGAAUAAGGCGAAACUAGUUCUAAUUGGAUUUGAGAUGGCAGCUGAGUGGACAUACCUAUCCGAAAUAUUCCCUAAAGCCAUACCUUUCUUCUCAGCUUGGGUGGAUCUUCGUGAUAUCGCUAAAGAUAUAACGUCCUCAGUCGGGGUUAUCCCGGGGUUGGUAUCUUUACUUCAGAUUUUCGGGUAUCACUGGAAAGACCUCCAGCCCAGCAAGAAGGACUCAGGUGGUGGCAUCACCGAUAAUGCCGGAGACGACGCCAUAGCGACCUAUGCUUUAGCUAACGCUCUCCUCAAUUCAGAAAAUCACGAGAGGCUAAGGUUCCGACAAGAAUGUGGCCGAAUUGCUCGCACCUUCACCAAGAAGAAAGUAUACAUGGUUUCCGAUAUAUGAGAUCCUUAUACUGCGACAAUCCGUGCUUCAGGUCAACUCCCGUCGAUGAUCAAUUCAGGGAUGAAGCUAGCCCGUCAGUUCUUCGUCUUUUCGCCCCAGUCCGUAGGAGUUAUGAGUACCGAGAUAGCCUACUUAACAUUCAGGUGUCAAGACCAAAUGAAGCAAUUCGCCAUUGCUACUCACGGACUAGUGUUGCCAACGGGUGAAACACUGUCGGCCCGGGCUUAUGUCCAAGGAAAUGGGGCAGCCGAGAGUGAGGAUGAUGAAAAGAAACAAAAGCAAGAGCUCAGGGCAAAGAAAAAGUUGGGGAAGACCGAAAGAGAAGUCGAGGAGAUAGGGGAUCUUUUUUCCUGAGCCGAGAAACCCACCCUUUCUUGUUACACCUAACGCCACGGCGCUACAUCUCCUGCAAGCCACCCGAUUCCGGACACCCACGUAAGCUAAACAGGCCAUGCGACGCAGCCACAAAUAGUCUUUACACGGUUGAUUUAUUAUGAUCAGUGAAGAGA